AUGGGACCGUUGGCAUCGGAGGAGCGACCGCUCGAUGUAGACGCCUUCGUUGCGGCUUCAGCAGACCUGGUCAGCACCCCGACAUCGGAUGAUGGGUCAGUCACUGCCUUCUUGAGCAGCUUCCCCCUGCCGCUCAUCCUCAGGGCAUUAGACUCUGGGCCACCAUCCCAGACACGUGGCAUGGAGGGAUUGGAGGAGGAGGGCGAGAAGGAGAGGGGGGUAUUAGAGGAGUCAGAGGCUGCAGUGAGGCUACAGCAGGCAGCCGUGCAGGCACUCUUUAGGGUUUUCAAGUCCAAUGUCGUUCUUCCCGUCCUUCCAAGCCUUGUGCCAUACGCGGAGAAAGGGAUGCUCUCGCCCGCCCCGGACAUGCGCCGUCUCUGCUGCUUUGCGCUUCAACGCAUGGCUGAGGGGGGAGAGGAGGAGCUGCAGGAGCUUGGGAGUCAAGGGGAAGUGGCUCGGCGAGUGGUGGGGGAGGGUUUGGUGCGGUGCUUGGGCGACGAGCACCUGCCAGUGGCUGCUGCUGCCACUGACGCACUUGCUGCCUUCUGCCGAUCGGCCUUGGGAGUGAGCCUCAUUUUCAGCAGUGAUCACCUGUACAAGCUCACACGCUCGUCGCACUCACAGGUGCAGCAACGAGUGGUGGAAGCAGCACUGCGUCUGGCCAACCAGUCGCAGCACGCCAUGUCAGCAGUUGAGAAGCUGGAUCUGCUGCAACCAUUGGUCGCAGAGCUGCAAGGAGUGGCAGGGAUGGGAGUCAGUGGAACGGAAGGGGGAGGUGGUACUAGGGCAGGUGCAAGUGAGGAGGGGGGAGAUGCACUGGCGGCUCUUGCAGCAUGUGAACUCGUCUCAGAGUUCACGAGCAGCAGGGUGGGUGUGGAGCUGCUAGAGCCUCGCAUCGACGAGAUUCACGAGGCACUCGUUCAGAUCUGCACCAAGGCAUCCACGCCAGCACUGGCAACAACAGAAGGAGAAGCACCAUCAUCAUCAGCAGCAGCAGCAGCAGCAGCAGCAGCACGACCAGCAGAAUCAUCGUUGCAUUUGGGCCUGGAUCUGCUCCUGCCGGCUGCUCUCAAGUGUGCCGCGCGCCUCACCUCGCCUGCCACACCAGGAGUCAUGGCUCCCCUCACCUUAAUCCAGGCGGACGAGGUGGCAGCACUCUUUAAUAGCCUAUGUGAGGCAUGGGGGCGCAGUGAGCAGCACGUACCGGCUGAGACAGUUGAAGGUUUCUUCGAUGCCCUCGCUACCUACGCACGCUCCACACACGGCACUCGGCUGCUGCUCAACCCCCGUCGCCACAUCAUCAGUUUUGUUCUCAAGCGUGCCUUUGGGGGUUGCGGUCCCCACACCUCGCUGCACACUGCCUCUCUACACGCGUUGGCUUCCGUUUUCGGAGCAGACAGGGUGGAAGGGAGCGAGCCGGUGCAGAUUGUGCCAGUGCAUGCCACCCACUCGGGGAUCAGCGGGGUGGAUGAGGGGGGAGGAGAGGGGGGAGGGAUGGAUCUAGAGGUGGGGGACGAUGGGGAGACGAAGCUCAAGGAAGAGACGUUUGCUGCUGCAGCUAAAGCACCAGGCGGACCCACCUUGGCGGGCGUGUUCGUCUCUCUGCUCAAGCGCUCUGAGGAGAUUCGCGUUGCUGUGUACCGUCUGCUGGCAGCAGUGGUGGAGAGGGAGUGGGCGGCAGUUGAGCUGUGUGGGGACUGGGGCCUGGUGCAGAUGGUGACAGACGCUCAGGCAGAGAGGCACAAAGCAGCCAUGGAUUGGAGGCAUUCGUGCUGUGUGGCCAUGUCAACAGCAGCAGAGGCACAACACGCAUCCAUCUCCUUCAACUGCACUGCGCAGCUGGCUGAGGCGGUCCGCAGGGGACCCUACCUGAGGCCACGGGAAAUCGAGCCGCGGCCCAUUGUUGUUACUGAUGAGAGGCCACCCUCUGGGUUUUGA